AUGAUUUCUGCUAAGAAAACUCCGGAGAAGAGUCGCUAUCCAAUGCACUAUCUGGUGUGGCACAACAAGCACCGGCAGCUGGAAAAAGAGCUGACAGCCAACGAACAGACUGAUUUAGAGUCUCUGGACCCCCGGGGCCGAACUCCUCUACAUCUGGCUGUCACAUUGGGCCACCUGGACUGUGCCAGAGUUCUGCUGCAACAUGGCGCCGAUGUCAGUAAGGAGAACCGCAACGGCUGGACUGUUCUUCAGGAGGCAGUCAGUACUCGAGAUCCGGAACUUGUGCGGCUUGUACUGCGUUUCCGUGACUACCAGAGGACUGCGAAGAGACUUGCGGGCAUCCCCGUCCUGCUAGAACGACUACGCCAAGCCCAGGAUUUCUAUGUAGAGAUGAAAUGGGAGUUUACCAGCUGGGUGCCCCUGGUGUCGCGUAUCUGCCCUAGUGACACCUAUAGAGUGUGGAAGAGUGGUCAGUGUCUCCGCGUUGACACGACUCUCACUGGAUUUGAGCAGAUGACCUGGCAGAGAGGAAAUCGGAGCUUCAUUUUCAGGGGGCAAGACUCAAACGCAGAAGUGAUCGAGGUCGACCAUGACAGGCAGCUGGUGUUCUGUGAGACCCUGUGUGUCUCAUCACUCACGGCGCUUUCGCCUGCCCGGGGCAAAGGUGCCGCCUGUGGCAGUACGGCAGCAGGUUUGAGCCUGCUGGGGGGAGUGCAGCCCAGUGAUGAGCAGGUAGCGGCCCGACUGUCUGCCGCUGUGGUGACCACUCAGCUGGAUACCCGCAACAUUGCCUUUGAGAGGAACAAGACAGGCAUACUGGGCUGGAGGAGCGAGAAGACUGAGACAGUGAACGGAUAUGAAGCCAAGGUGUAUGCUGCAUCAAAUGUAGAGCUGAUCACCAGGACCAGAACAGACCACUUGUCAGACCAGAACAAGAACAAGAUUAAAGGCGGGAAGACUCCCCUCCAGAACUUCCUCGGGAUUGCAGAGCAGCACAUGGGCCCGAACAACGGGGCCCUGGUGACCCAAAUGUCAACCCCGGCGGUGACCAACCCUGCAGCGCUCACUGCUGAGGAAUACUUCAACCCAGGCUUGUCUCCCACACUGAGGGACAUCGGCCACCCGUGCCAACUCACCACCAAGACCCAGAGAUUCAAAGCAAAGCUCUGGCUGUGCGAGUCCCAUCCUCUGUCACUGGCAGAACAAGUGGCGCCUAUCAUCGACCUUAUGGCCAUAUCCAACGCCCUGUUCGCCAAGUUGCGUGACUUCAUCAUGCUGCGCUUGCCACCCGGCUUUCCCGUCAAGAUCGAGAUCCCGCUCUAUCACAUCCUGAAUGCCAGGAUCAGCUUCAGCAACCUGAAUGGCUGCGAGGAGGGGGCAAGCCCACGCCCUGACAAUGAAGCCACAGUGGAGGGGGGCGGACAAAAGUAUACCCUUAGGACGGAUACUCCGUCGCCCGGCAGCGAUUCAUCCAGCGUUUCCAGUUCCAGCUCCACCAUGUCAUGUCGAGCCGGAGAGAUCCCCCCCUGUGUGUUUGAGCCCCCGUCUGGAUACACUGUGCUCGGGGGCAAACAGAGAGACAGCAUGAGGGAGGAGGAGGAGGACCUGCUGCAGUUUGCAAUUCAACAGAGUCUGCUGGAAGCCGGCUCGGAAUACGAUCAGGUGACCAUCUGGGAGGCACUGACCAAUAGCAAGCCAGGAACGCAUCCCUUGUCUUGUGAUCCAAGUCGCCUAGAAAGGAUGCCUCAAAGGAAGCCUCGCUCCCCCUCCAGCGUAUCCUCCACUCCCUCCAAGAAGCAGCAGUCCACCACCUGCAGCUACGAUGAGCAGCUACGCAUCGCCAUGGAAAUGUCAGCUCGAGAGCAGCAGCAAGCGGAGCUCCGGCGACGGAAAGAGGAGGAAGAACUGCUGCACAUCAUCCAGCUGUCACUCAUGGAGAAGUGA